AUGUCAUUGGGUACAUUGUAUGGAACUACGGAGAUAAGAGCAUUGCCUGCUAGAGCCAUCAUUAAACAUUAUGGUUUAGAUAUUGAGAAUGUGAGCAAGACUGAUUCCCGGUUCGCUGAGAACUUCCCUUUAGGACUUCGGCCCGGUUUUAUUGGACCUGAUGGAGUUAAGCUCACUCAAUCAAUAGCCAUAACAUUACAUGUCCUUUCAUUGAGUAAGGAAGGUAAACAGGAACUUUUAGGUGACUCAGAGGUUCAAUAUGCUCAAAUACUUGAAUGGAUGUCGUUUGUUAAUUGCGAGAUCGUUCCCACAGCUAUUAGGGUCUUCGGUCCCAAAGUGAAAGGAUUACCUUAUAUAGCUGAGGUUGUUGAAAGUCUGCAUAGUGAAUUACACAGAUAUAUGUCAGUUUUAGAAGGGUAUCUAAAGGAUGAAGAGUACCUUGUUGGGAAUAAGUACACACUUGCAGAUCUUUAUGUUCUGGCGCUUUUAAUUAGGCCCUUUCAAUAUUUGUUUGACAGAGAAUGGAGAGAGACUCAUCCAUUCGUUAUUAAAUGGUUUGAAACCGUUGUAAAGGAGCCUAUCUUAAUGGAUGUAUUUGGUCCAUUUACCUUUAUUGAUAAGCGUAUAUUAUAUCAACUCUUUGAGAGUGAAAAAUAUGACCAGUGCCAGAAGCUUUUGCCUCCCAUCAAAAUCGAACUUAUAAAACACAAUUUAUUUGUACCCAAUCCCAAUUUUGGUAAUGAUGUUGAUCAUUUGAAUGAUUUAAAAGUUGCUCAACGGAUUUUGGAAAUCGGUCUGUUGCUGCUGUUGCUAACUGACAACUAUCAAAAUUUUGAACAUUACGUUGCACAAUUGAAGCCAUUUUAUAACUAUGGCAAAUUGCACCCCAAAAGGGAAGUCAACACCGAUACUACGAAGAUCAUCUCAUUAUAUUUAGUCUACUUGUUGAGUCAAGGAUUAAUUUCCAACUUCCAUUUAGAGUUGGAGGUGCUCUAUAACUCAUCCAAAUUCGAUGUUGACAGAGACCACUACUUGCAGUUCCCUAUAAGUUUGGAAAAGAAUCUUAUGGAAGGUAACUACAUUAAGAUCUGGAAGUUAUUGGGAGAUGAAAGAAAUUUACCUUGUAAAGAAUACAAACUUUUCAUUGCUACGUUGAUCAAUGCCUUAAGAUUUGAAAUUGCAAAGUCUUUGGAUAAAACAUAUGAUUCCAUUCCAAUUAGCAAUUGCAAGAACUUACUCUUCUUCCCUCAAGAAAUGGCAGAAAGCACCGUUGAAGACAUAUUGAAGAACGAGUUGAACGUCACAAAUUGUACCUUUUCCAAUGGGAGAGUGGUGUUCAAUAACGAUGACUUGAAUUCUGUUUCAGAUACUGCUUCCAAAUCAGGUAUCAUAGAGAAUUUACUUAAUUAUGCUGAACAAAUGGAAUCUAUAGUAUAA